CCCCAACGAAACGACAGUGUUUCAAAACCCUAACCUCUCAAUUAUUUUCUAACACACUCGAACAACUCCAUUCUCACCCUCUCAACAAAGCUCCUUCAUACAAGAUCGAGCAUUAAAGAGAUGAAGCAUUAUUUGGCGGCUAACUAUUGAAUAACUUAAAGCAUUAUUGAUAUUUAUUUUUCUUGAUUUCAUUUUCCAAUUUAAUAAAUUUGCUGAAAUAACUUAUUGUUAAUAAUCGUGACAAGCGCUAUGAACCUAUGCGGUCAUUAUAACGGCACAUUUGCUGUGGCUUCUGUGAAAGCAUCUCAUUCCCAACCUCACUUGUUGCCAUGUCGAAUCAGAUUUGCGGCAUCUGUUGCUGCGGCGGUUCCAAUUUCGUGCUAUGGCGCAAGGAGAGGUUCUGGCAAUAGGCUUGCAUUUACUAUGAGCUGUUGCAAGGCAGCAAUAGGGAGAGAUGUUUUGGUAGAGGAAAACGACGUCGUUUCGGAAACAGAGAGGAGUUACACUUAUGUCAUGAAGUUUGGUGGCUCCUCGGUUACUAGUGCUGAGAGGAUGAGAGAAGUUGCCAACCUCAUAAUUAGUUUUCCAGAGGAGAGGCCUGUGAUUGUUCUAUCUGCAAUGGGAAAGACAACUGACUUGCUCUUAUUGGCUAGAGAAAAAGCUGUAAGUUGCGGUGUUUCUAAUGUUGAUAACAUUGAGGAGCUUAGCACUAUAAAAGAUCUACAUCUCAGGAUUGUGGAUGAGCUUGGAGUAGACAGAAAUGUUAUAGCAAAGCAUCUUGAAGAAUUGAAACAACUUUUGAAGGGAGUGGCUAUGAUGAAAGAGUUAACUCGACGGACUCAAGACUAUUUAGUUUCAUUUGGAGAGUGCAUGUCCACUAGGAUCUUUGCUGCAUAUCUUAAUAAAUUGGGUGUUAAGGCCCGCCAAUAUGAUGCCUUUGAGAUGGGAAUUAUAACAACUGAUGACUUCACAAAUGUGGAUAUUUUGGAAGCAACUUACCCUGCUGUUGCAAAGAGGUUACAUGGUUAUUGGGUCUCAGAUCCCGCGAUUCCAAUUGUUACGAGCUUCCUUGGAAAGGCCAGGAGAUCAUGUGCAGUUACAACAUUGGGUAGAGGGGGUAGUGACUUGACAGCUACAACAAUUGGGAGAGCACUUGGGUUGCUAGAAAUCCAAGUUUGUAAUAAAAACUUCUGCAUGUCGAAAGCGCGUAUGGAAAGAUGUUGAUGGCGUUCUAACCUCGGAUCCAAAUAUAUGCCCACAAGCUGAACCGGUUCCAUGUUUGACAUUUGACGAGGCUGCUGAACUUGCAUACUUUGGUGUUUAGGUAUUGUUAUAUUCACCGACUUUGUUCUGUUGACAAUAUGCUAUUUACCAUUUUCUCAUUGCUAUAAAACAUUUAUGGAUUUUAUUUAGUGUUCUUGGUUCUGCUUGGGGUUUAAUCACAUUUCUCAUAGUUGUCAUAAAAAUCAUGAGAAAUUUUAUUUUGUAAAAUUUUAUAUUUAUAUAUACUUCGCUAGGUUUAGAUAUAACAAGAUUCAUGAUAGGACAUUGUGGUUUUGACUGGCCCAAUCUAGUGGAAUAGGGUUUGGCAGUAGCUGUAGUAGUAUUAUAUUUGCUAAACUAAGACAACUUAGUUACAUAUAGGUCGGUUAUUGUCGUUGUUUGUAUAUUUUUACUAUUUGACAUGAUAAAUCUUGUGAUGUAUUAUGUAACUUCGCUAAGCUUGAUUAAAGUAGAAAUUUAAUUC